CAUGCAGCUCCAGAUUUCACGCUUCAGUCGUUCAUUCAUUGUCAGUCAGUCACUGUGGGGUUUAUGAACCCCUCCUCCAUGCAGAGACGUCACACAAGCGGGGGGAGAUGAAUGUCACCUCCAGCGUGAACUACUGAGGGCAUUUCACCACAGUACCUGCAUGAGGUGUAUGUAGACUUCUGCGUGCGCGAGUCAGGAGCGCAUCAUAGAGCUUGUAUUCGCAUACUAGCGCUGCGUUCAUCGUCUUGGACCUUCAGUUGCUCAGUGCGUGUUUGAGGAGCUAUCCACACUCAAGCGAGACUGUUCUUCAUUUAUUUCCACUGGAUAGAGGCAAACUCACCACACUUGAAAGAGGAAUAUUAAUGUUUGGGAACCGCUGAAAUGCGUUUGGAGACCAAGAACCUCUCAGAUUUAGAAGAUCUGAGGGACACGCGGACAUGAGGGUUGUUCUGUUGCUCACUGAGAAUUUGCUUUACAUGUUGAAUGCCUAAUGCAUUUCUGACGUUUUAGAUGGAUUGGUUUUAUAUGAGGGAUGGGCAUACAGAACCUUGGAACUGAAGAGGGUUGAGUGCCGAACAUAGAAACUCAUCAAAAGUGGUGCACGAUUGCAAAAUCAUAGUAAAAACUGCCCUUAUUAUAUUUUUUUACGAAGUCAUGCUGAUUCGAAGUCGAGCUUUAGGGUGGGCAGUUUUCUUGACACUUUGUCUACUGUUGGUGAAGGGGUUCCCUGCAAAAAGACGAAAAGCAAAUCACAUCAAGAGCAAGAGUGAAGCAUCUCUAGAGGUCAGAGGUCACGGUGACUCCAAAGAUGUCAGACAGGCACUGCUGGACAUUCAUCGGAAGAACCAGUUGAGGAGUGAGCCACCUUUGCCCCGCCGUCAUAAGAGGAGAUGGUCGCAGAUUCACUCAGAGGGAGACCUUCCCAAACCUGCUCCACAGGAAGAAGAAGAACCCUUCAUUUUAGACCUGAAGAACUUCCCUGACCUUGCCAAUGCAGACCUGGGCUCCCAGAACCCAAACAUUCAAGUUACCAUUGAGGUUGUGGACAACCCACAGAUGGAGAUUGAGAUGGACCUUGCCAAGGAGAGCAUGAAUGACUGGUCCUUGAGCUCAGAAGAGUGGCUGGGCCAUAAAAAGCUCUUCUGGCCGCUGUUCUGGGAAUAUCACGACUCCAGUCAAGAAAGUCCUGGGCAAGGGAGUCUGGAGGAGAAUGGGGAGGACCCCAGUUAUGAGGGAGAAGAUUCCCUGUUGAGUGGAGUGGGUGCAGACUGGAACAGACGAUGGAAGGACUGGGACUCCAUGGACAAUUAUGAAUAUGAGGAGGAAGAAUGGAGCGACUGGUCACCUUGCAGUGUCACCUGUGGACAUGGAAAUCAAAAGAGGAUUCGUUCAUGUGGCUAUGCCUGCACUGCCACAGAAUCACGGACAUGUGAUUUAGAGCGUUGUCCCGAUGACAUAAUUCCUGUGACAGAACCUACUCCUCAUGAAGUUGGAAACAGCACAGAGCUUUUUGGCACAGAUGUUGACAGCUGUGAGAAGUGGCUGAAUUGCAAGAACGACUUCCUCGAGAAAUACCUACACCAGGUCCUGACCGAAUUACCCAACUGCCCUUGCAUCUACCCAUCCGAGGUGGUCUACAGUACUGUCAACAUUUUUGAUAGGAAGUUACAAAAGACCUUUCGCUGGCAAGACGCCAGCGGCCCAAAGGAGAGGCUGGACAUUUAUAAGCCCUCUGCAAAGUUCUGUGUUCGCUCGAUGCUCUCCUUUGACAGCCCCACGUUGGCUGCACAGCACUGCUGCUACGAUGAUCACAUGAAGCUCAUCACUCGAGGCAAAGGGGCUGGAGCCCCCAACCUCAUCAGUAUGGAGUUCUCGCCAGAACUUCAUUACAAAGUGGAUAUUCUUCCAUGGAUCCUGUGUAAAGGAGACUGGAGCCGCUUUCAUUUGGUUCGGCCUCCCAAUAAUGGUCUACUUUGUGUCGAGAACCCGCAGGAAGAUAUCUACAUGAAUGAGCUAGAGGAGGCCAGGGAGUACUGAUCCAGAUCAUGGAUUUCACAUUAAAUCAACCAGUGUUUGCUUAAUUCUGGAGAGUCCUCUAGAGAAAUUCUUCUGGAACCUAAAGCUUAGAUACUGUAACAAACUGUUUUGUACAGCUCAAUUGCAACAACACUGGUUUAACAUGUUGGUCCAAAGCCCAGAUUGGAAGAUCAUGAUGCAAUGUUCUGUCUUCUUUCUUCUGUGAUGUUACAUACGUGCUCCAAACAAAGUUCAGCGAGAGUUCUUCAAUGGCAUUCACUAGAACAAGUUCGCUGUAUUUUCAUUGGAUACACAUUUGUUGUCCUCAAGUGUCCUCAAAGACUCUGCUCCACCAUUAAAGGAAUUCCAAUAAAGCUGCUAGAAAUUGUGAGAUAUUCAAAAAUGCAACAGAAUGCCUAUUUUGUUGUCUUUAGACCUGAAGCUCAAUCCUGGCCUUGCUCCAAUCUGUGCGAGGUCAGUCCAAACAAAUCAAACAAUUCAACAAAUCUCUGAGAAUAGUUCUUCUCUUUAGAGUUUGUAUAUUGUUACUCCAAAUAUACACAGACUUUGUGUCAUUGGAUAUAUAUUUAUGCAGGAUCAUUUGACCUUUGACUUACUUUUUGCAUAGAACUGUAGCAGAACAAAAUUAGGGAAUCUGAGAAGUGAUAGGGAACCUUUUUUGAACUUAUCUUUGAGAAGACGCCCCUCAUCAUUGCAAUGCUUGUUUUGUUUUUUUAAUCUAAAGUAUAAUUGGAUCCCAUUCUGUUUUCAACACGACUCAGCUUUGUGCUGAAUGCAAUAUGAGACAGCCACCUGACACCAGUGCAGGGGGCUGUCAGAGCUUGGUUGAUGGAUUGAAGUCUUCCUGUAAAGGUGAGGUGAAGGUGACACUUGUUGUAAACGAACAUCUCUUUAAAUACAAUGGCUCUUUCAAUGUCUCAGUUCAUCCUUGAGUCCCAAACAAAGCCUAGAGGCUUCCAUUGGAUGUAGUUUGAAGGACCUAAACCACCCUUUUCAGCACAGGUGUUGUCAUGAUCUCUUUGUGAGAUGUUGACUUGGAAUGCUGGUGAUUUGAUUUGUAAAUUCCUGCUGACAGAUGACUGUUCCAUGUAGCAAUAAACAUCCACCUUUGAUACUA